UGGGUGGACAACCCGGAUCUGAGAUUCCGCCACCAAAAUACUCAGACAGGUUCACCAUUGACCUCAUGAGACGAUACUAUAAAACAUGCAUGCACGAUAAUCCUCCUGAAACAUACCAGCUGAAGCCCGCAGUGAGGAUUGCCGAUAAAGUUCACGCCGCCUUCAGCAGAUAUGAUCCUCCACACGACGAGAAGAAGAUGAAGAAGAAGAAGGAGUUUGGGAAGGAUAUCGAAACUAACCCUGAGCCGAUGGUGAACGGAUCCCUUCCUUUAGAUAUUUCUGACGGUAGAAUCGUUCGGAACGCAACUCUCGCUAUGGCCCGCUACCAGAUCUGGGGGUUCGCGAAGUUCGCGCCUCAGCAAUCAGUCUUCAACACCUCCGCCAUGGCAAUCGGUGUGGAGCCCUAUAUCAGCAAUGGAUUACCACGAAAGGAGCUCUAUGACUCUGAGCCAAUUGCCUACGAGUACAAACGCAUCAUUGCUGCGGUCCUCAAGCGGGCGUACAGGUCGCAAUGGCGGGCCCAUCACUAUAAUGAUCUAGCUGAGCAGGUCUUCAAGAUGGAGCGCCGGAUUCUUGACAUAGCACCUACUGUUCAAGCCUGGCAGAGGGGCAAGGGAACCACUGCCCAGAUGUCAGUCGACCGUUUAUCGGAGUUAGCCCCGGAGCUUAUGAUUGGGGACGUUAUUCGUGACCAGGCAGGCACGGUGUCUCGCCCAUCCCUCAAGAACACCGAGGUUAUGUUCCCUCAUUAUUGGACAGACCUGCAAGGCAUCGUCAAAACCUCAUCGAAGAGCGCUGUGAGAGCCUACCUUGUCUGGCAAAUCUUCCUUCAGACUCAACACCUCCUCGAGCAUUGGACCGUAGAGGAUUACCGCAACAUCUUGAGAGAAAUCGAUGGCACGAAGUCUCCCUCAACGAGAAAUGAACAAUGUACCGAGAGGGCGGCGAAGCAUUUCGGUCACGUUAUGAGCAGUAUGUACGCCCAAGAGUUUUACUCCAAGGAGGCCGAGACGCUUGCCGAGAGUAUUUUCCAGAACAUCAAGGAGCAGUACAUCAAAUUGUUUGAGGAGACACAAUGGAUGGAUCCCAAGUCCAAGGAGAGGGCUAUCGAAAAGGCCAAGAGCAUGGACAUCAUGGCUGGAUUCUCAAAAGAGAACCCCAACUUGCGGGACUGGUCCGAUAUCAAGAACUUCUACGUCGGGGCUCUAGUCCAGCCUACUCGGAAUGACUCUCUAUGGUCCAAUGCGGACGACUACCUUGAGCUGGAGGCGUUGCAUACUCGAGAGAGCUGGCGCAAGGAGCUUCACCGACCACCGAACAAGUUCAAGUGGUUCAAGAACACCUUCGACGUCGACAUUUACUACUCGCAGGAACUAAACAAAUUAGUCGUCCCAGCGGGCAUUCUACAGAAGCCCAUGAUGGAUCCAGGAAUGCCCGCUUACGUCAACUAUGGGAGCCUCGGCACCAUCAUGGCUCAAAAGAUGGCACAUGCCUUUGACGCUCAGGGCAGAAUGUUCUCGUCGACCGGCAAGCUCGAAAGCUGGAUGACUAAGGGAGACCUAGUCCAGUUUGAUUACCGCCAGCUUUGUUUCCAGGAAAAGUACAACUUCAUCAAUGUGACUGACGUCAAUGGCGAGGUCUACAAUCUCAACGGCAAGCAGGUUGCGGAUGAGGUCAUCGCAGAUACUUACGGACACGAAAUGGCAUACAGAGCUUGGAAGACCCGGGUGAAUGGCCGCGAGGAAAAUAUGCUGCGGGGAUACCAUCAGUUCACCGACGACCAGAUGUUCUGGCUGAUGCGGUCCAAGCAAUACUGUUCCUUAGAACAAGAUGAAACGUUGCUCCAAGAGCUCAACACGAGUCCGAACCCACCCAAUCGCAUCGAAUCCUGGGCGCCCCUGACAGACUCGUUGGGGUGGAGGGAAUCUUUUGGCUGUAAGCCGAAGAAGAAGGAAAUUCUAUGCCAACUCUGGGGCAACGAUCAGCAUCAAAAGACAGGCGACAAGGCGGCUGCCGAGUCCGGCAAGAAGAAUGAGGCGGAGGAUAAGACGAAAAGCAGCAGCAAGGUGACAGAGGGAGGGCCCAAGGAGAAGGGAGAGGAGAAGGAGAAGGAGAAGGUGGUGGACAAGAAAAAGGUCGAAGAGAACAAGAAGGAGGAGGAUAGCAAGCCGACCAAGCAGCAGGGCAAGCCGACUAAGGAGCAGGGCAAGCCGGCCAAGCAGCAAGACAAGCCAGCCAAGCAGCAGGACAAGCCAGCCAAGCAGCAGGGCAAGCCGGCCAAGCAGCAGGACAAGCCGACUAAGGAGCAGGGCAAGCCAGCCAAGCAGCAAGACAAGCCAGCCAAGCAGCAGGGCAAGCCGACUAAGGAGCAGGGCAAGCUCACCAAGGAGAAAAAGCCCACCAAGGAGGAGGUCAAGGCGAACCAGAUGAAAAGCCAGGACUUCGUGCAGGCCGGUGAUGAGAAUGAGAAGCUCUAA